AUGAGCACAGUUGGUACCAAUUUACCAUCGGUCUUGCCCCGUACUUUCAAAUACUUUUUCAACCGUGCUCGUAGCGGCUCUAAUUGCCCAGAAACAGUUGAAAACGUUCAAGGAUGGGUCAAAUCGGUGCGAUUGAUGAAAAAUAUGGCUUUCGUGGACCUCCAAGAUGGGACCACACCGCAUGCAUUGAAACUCGUGGUGCGGCGUGCUGGCAUUGAUUCUGGUGAGGUUGAAGAGCACCUCCAAAAGCUGAAAACUGGCCAAUCAGUCCUGGUGAACAGUGCUAUGUGGAUGCCUACGCCCACGCGGCAGCAGCCUUUCGAGCUGCAAGCCGCUGCAGAUGCCGUAAAAGUGGUCGGAGACGUACCUGCUACAUUCCCGUUGCAAAAAAAGAGCCAUUCGUUAUCAUUUCUGCGCACACAACCAACCCUCAAGCACAGAUCGAACUAUUUGGGCGCCUUACUGCGAUUCCGGUCGUUCGUAGAACUAUCCUUUUCGCAGUUUUUCGAGCUUUACGAUUGCACCAAGGUAGCACCGCCAGUUUUGACAUCGGGGGAUUGUGAAGGCGCUGGUGAACUUUUCCGGGUGGAGGCCCGCGCACGAUACGGUCAAGGCUCCAAGUAUUUUGGGCGAGAGACGUACCUGACGGUAUCGACCCAACUGCAUUUGGAAGUAUUGGCGGCGGCUCUAAGCCGCUGUUGGACUCUCUCGCCCUGUUUUCGAGCUGAAGAAAGUGAUACAAAUCGCCAUCUUGCUGAGUUUUGGAUGCUGGAGACAGAAUUGAGUUUUGUUGAUAACGUCCACGAUCUUACUGUGUUUGCAGAAACCAUGUUCAAGUAUGUCGUGCAGCGGUGCAUCGACAGACAAGAAGACCUACUACCGGCAAUGGUGCCCAGUGGGUCCAGCUCAGAAGACGCGAAAUCUGUAGUUCAGCGAUGGGAGGCACUAAUGGCCCGGGGUUCAUGGCCGCGUGUCGCAUACUCUGAAGCCAUAACGCUUCUCCAGAAUCAACAUGCCUCUCAAAACUUUUCGUUCGAACCUGUGUGGGGCCAAGACUUGCAGACAGAACAUGAGAAAUGGCUUGCUGCGCAUUUCGACUCGCCCGUUUUCAUUACUGAUUAUCCACGCUCUUGCAAGGCUUUUUACAUGAAACAAAACACGGAUGGCCGCACAGUUGCUUGCUUCGAUCUCAUUGUUCCUCAAAUGGGCGAACUAAUUGGUGGAAGCGUCCGCGAGGACAAUUACGAGACACUUUUACAAGAGAUGUCGCGCAGAAAUAUGAACCACGAGGAUCUCAGCUGGUAUACGGAGUUGCGAAAGAACGGGAGCGUGCCCCAUGGCGGUUUUGGCUUGGGGCUCGAGCGCUUCGUUGCGUGGCUGUUUGGCGUUCACAAUAUUCGCGAUGCUAUUCCGUUUUCCAGAAGUGCUGGAGGUUCCAUUGAAUUGUGA